GGUCAGUGACUGCAGACAUGAUACAGGAGAGGGUCAGAGACUGCACACAUGGUACAGGAGAGGGUCAGAGACUACAGAUAUAAUACAGGAGAUGGUCAGAGACUAAAGAUAUAAUACAGAAGAGGGUCAGAGUCUGCAGACAUGGUACGGGAGAGGGUCAGAGACUGCAGACAUAAUACAAGAGAUGGUCAGAGACUGCAGACAUACUACAGGAGAUGGUCAGAGACUGCAGUCAUGGUACAGGGGAUGGUCAGAGAUUGCAGACAUGGUACAGGGGAUGGUCAGAGACUGCAGACAUGUUACAGGGGAUGGUCAGAGACUGCAUACAUGGUACAGGAGAUGGUCACAGACUGCAGACAUGGUACAGGAGAUGGUCACAGACUUCAGACAUGGUACAGGAGAUGGUCAGAGACUGCAGACAUACUACAGGAGAUGGUCAAAGACUUCAAGCAUGUGUGUGUCUAG